CUAAGCAACGGAAGAAGACGGAGGAGGCUUUUCCCUCACUGCAGCUCUUCUCUCCACAGUUAGGAUGCAGCAGCUGCAUCAGAUUGCACAUCUUUCACGUGGGGCUUACUCCCCUUCAUUCACUCAUCUUUAACACAUUGAACGCCAAUAUUGUGCCGUUUGAUACAUUUUGGAUCCAACCCUAUCUAUUAAAGGAUUAUAUAUGUGAAAUAUAGAGAAAUGUGUUAACUUCAUUAAUAGUUUAACGAAGAUGUCUACUCAAUAUUUAUAAUGAAAUCAACCAUCUGCAGUGUUUAAUGGAUUUAAAGAUGACACAAGUUGAUAUGAAAUUCUUGAAAAAACGCUAACCAUCUCGUAUAUAUAUAAAUAGAUAAACAGAGGUAUAAAUACAAUUUUUUUUAAAAGAAGAAGUGUCGAAAAUAAUCUUUAGAUAAGUAUGAAGUUUUAUUUCCGUAAAAAUAUGCCAUCCCAAGUAUUCAGGAACAUUGUUAAAUAAUAACGACAGAAUGGUGAAAUUUCAUAUGAGUAAACAUUACAAUCUGUCGUUGAAAACUGAAAUCUUUUGAUUUUCCUUAAAUUUCCUUCACUAUAAGUUUACUAACAUUCUAAUCAGAAUCUACCUCAUUCUGUAAUUUUUGAAUUUGCGAGAUUUCUAAUCAUAUAAUAGUUUACAUUUUAAAUUAAACUUCACUAUUGGAGCGAAUAAUCGAAACGUUUUAAAUCUUAGUUUCUGAAGAAAUUAAAUUUUUUUCUGCACAAUCGCUAGUUGUCUUUAGUAAAUUAGAAGAAUGCUUUCCAUUUCAAGGUUAAUUGCAUCGGUUUUGAAACCAUAAAAUUAUAUUGCAAAGACCUUCUUUUUUACAGAUAAUUGUAGAUAAACUGUAGACUCUCUAAUCUAUUUUGUUAAGGAUGUCAUAAAUAACUUUGAAAGCAAAGGAAGAAUGGCGAAUUAUUUUGAAGCUCGUGAGACGUACACUCAAAAGUGCCAAAACAAAAUUUUAUAAUGAGUUCUGUAUUAAGACUUUCGUUUAAAGAAAUACAUGAACUGUAGAACUUACAAAUAGUUAUUUGGAUAUAUAGUGUAGAUAUUAUAGGUGAUUAAAGCUUUACAUUCUGUGAACAGUAUUCUAACACCAUGUUUUGGUUAUUUAAAAGAAAGAAAGUUGCUGAUAAAAAAGCCAUUACUCCAUGCGUAUGUGAUAAUGGUGAUCAUUUGCCUGAUGCUCUCACUUUGCAAGACUUUGGAACACGUAGUAUUUUAGAAGGAAGUAUAUCAUCCCGCCUCGGUACAACAAAUGAAUCAAGAUAUGAUCGCAAGGGAUAUCACAGGCUUCAAGCAGAUGGAUCCGGAGCUGAUGAUAUCACUGUUAUAGAACCGCCCAGUCCUGUCCACGAUACAUUAACUUACGGUAAAAUGACCGUUGUCCAGCCAGAAGUAUCCGAAUGUAGUGAUCCUGGUUCAAGCACAGAAUCCAGCUCUGAUUACGAAAGAGAUUAUUUUGGUGGUUUCACGGAUACGGAUGAAGAUGAAGAGCUGACGUGUAAUGUUUGCGAACGUUCCUUCAACAGUGUGCGGAAGUUAGAGCAGCAUCAGCAAAGAAAACGUCACUAUGGUUGUUCGAUAUGUGACUCUAUAUUUCCAGGACUCAUGGCGCUAGAACUGCACAAAGAAACCCUUGACCACUGGUCUGAUUAUGAGCUGAGAGUAAAGCAGGUCCACGAAGAAGAUAAAGAAUCGGAUUCCGAAGAGGAGCUUGAAGAACACAGAGUCUACAGUGGAAGAACACGAGACGAAUUGAGGAGACUUCUUCUCUGAUGGUGUCGAUUCUGCUGCCGUAUAUUUAAGCCCAGGCAGCAGGAAUACAAUCUACAGUUGUGACACCACCAAAACAUUUACAGAAAAAGUAGCUUCUGAAAAUUGAAAGUACUCACUGUGAUUUUCUAUAAAAGUCUGCUUUGAAUGUUAAAUGUAAACGAUGCAGUUUGGCUGAUGUGUUUUCAUUUCAUAUUGUAGAUGAAUGAUCUGUAGAUUGAUCCCCACUCUUGCUCAGUAUUCAUUUUUGUUUUUUUAAAUAAAAAUUUCGCAUGUCAUA